GCUCCCUCACAGCCAGAUCUAAGGACAUGCCUCAUUCACUCCUGCUGCACAGGUUUAAAGGGACUGCAAACAGGGAAAGAGUGAAACCCAGAGAGGUGUAGGGGAAUUGUACCAGCUGCUGGAGAGCAAAAGAGGACAAGAAGUGAAAAAGUCUUUUCACUUUUUCUAAGAGAGCUAGAAACAGAGAGAGUGUGAAAGAGUGAAGCAGGAGAAAGAAGAAAAGUCUUCAGGACUGGGACUACCCAGCAGUGGGAGGUUCAUCUGGGAGGUUAUAGAGAUUUCCAGCCGAUUCCUCUCCUCUCUGCUGGGAGUCAGACCUCCAGGAUCCAGAGUCAUGGAGCCCUCUGUGUCACCCGAGGCCGAGGGGGAGCCCAAGGAGAGGAAGAAGAUCCAGUUUGCUGUGCCAGCCAAUGCACCCACCAACCUGGAUCCACGGCAAGUGGAGAUGAUCCGACGCAGGAGGCCGACACCCGCCACACUGUUCAGAGUAGCCGACCAGUCGUCUCCUGAGGAUGAUCAGUCCACCCAUCAGGUAAAGUGGGUUGUAGGAGAGAAUGGAGUACUCAAACCAAAACGAGUUAAUCCAAAUGUGUAUCAGCCGCCAUCACUCAAAGCUGUGCAGAAGAUGGCUGAAGCGCAUAUGCAGAAACUAGGUGUCUACCCUCCCUUGGAAGACCCUUGUGAAGGGGAGGAGGAUGAGGACUACUUGAAGGGAGAGGAGGGAGAGGAUGCAGCUCCCACCAAAGCUGCUGAUCGCCAAGAGACAGCUGCCACUGAGCAGUCAGACAAGUUUUCCAGCGUGAGAGAGACGGCCAAGCAGAUACAACCAGCGCAGGAGGAAGAUGAGGAGGAAGAAGACAUGAAGGGGGACAAAACUGAAGCCAUGACAGAGGAGAACAGUUGUGGGAGUAACUGAGAGAGGAAGAUAGCGUGGGGAGAACGUUUGAAGGGAAGAUGUGGGGAGACUCAUGGUGGUUAAAAUCUGAAGAACUCAGAAAAAUCAAGAAAUGGGUUGUGUGUCUUUUUAAAUGUGUGUAGUCUGAAUACACAGAUGAGAUGACAGCUGUCAGUAAACUGAGCGAUGGAUUCUUUCGUGACCUUAAACAUGUGAGAAAAGGUUCUUGUAGUACUUCACCUCUAAAGCGUGGUUUUGAAACCGAGGACGAAGAGGGAGUUUUUGUAUUAGUCAGCCCUUAUGAGCAGGUGAGGAGUGAUCUACUGACAGAGCAGACUACAGAUGCUACUUUGGCCCUGGUGUCCUUUUGUUUAUAAUGACAGUUGAAGGGCCAAGGUCAGCGUGACCAAACACCCUGCAAGACCAGACCUUCAAAGAAGGCUAAAAUGGCCACAAGGAAUACAAAGUCGACAUUAUCUUUCUCGGGUACAUUUGAUUAAAAAAGCAAAAACAGACUCUCCUGUAUGACCCUUUGUAAAAACACUUGAAGGUCUUUAAAUGUAUGCGGUACGUGUUCCAUUUUAUUUUGAAACCACAGCCUACAUCGUUUGUUUUUUGAUUUACAGCAGCCUCAGUGUUUAGUCCUUUGUGUGUGCUGCCAUCUUGUGGUAAAAAAUACAAAUGACAGGUUAAAGUGCUACUGCGGCUACUUAAAGUUAAAAUCCAUUAUUCAAAUUCUGUUUUGAUGCGAUUUAUGUUCUGCAUUUUAGACAACAGCCUUUUAAUUUUGCUGUAUCUGAGCUGUAUGUUGCCAAAUCUUUCAUCUUAUUGAUUAUAACUUUAGCCUCUUGGAAGCUUGAAUGGCGGUUGUUGCCAAUGUUAUUUGUCACUGACAACAACGGAAGUCAUCAGCUUUAAUUAAAAUUAUCAAUUAUUUCAUUUCUAUAUUAAAAAAUCUACUUUUAUUCUUGCUCUAUAUGCUCAGCAUUUACCAAACAGUCAUGCUGUAGUCACUGAGUCUACAUUAAAACAAUUUGCUUGGUGUUCAUGCUUAGAUCAAUGUAUGACUCUUUUAGUUCAAAAAUCUUUAUCUGAAAUUAUAUGAACUCUGCAUUUAGCCUUGUUUUUUAAACCUAAAUUUAAAAUCAAUCUGUAAAGCUACCUCUAAUUUUUCAAAAACACCCAUUUGCUGCCUCUGUGGCACAUUUGAACGGGAUUCUUCAGAAACUUAUUGGGGAAAUUUAAAAAAAAUUAAUUGAAAAACAUUUUCAUUUCUAAUCUAGGAUAUCUCCCUUUUGUAUGCUGACACUUUUGUAAUGUCAUCUUUUUCUCAUUCCCUAAUCGUCUGUUGAAAGAGAUAUUUUUCUAAUCCAAAAUCCAGUUUAUGGGGACCACUGCUUAGCACUAUCCUGCUUCUGCUACCUAUAUCCAAAUACACAAACGAAUCACUACGACUACUGUGCGACUGACAUUUGGUAGACUUCCUUCAGCAUCGAAUUAAACUUUGUUUAACUGACAAAGCAAAUCUAAUGCUAAAAUUUCUAGUUGUGCCACAGGAUGAAUAAAUCUUGCUGUUUCUAUCAUCUAGGCUGCUGUUUGUAAAUAAAACUUUGUGAGACUUUUUCAACCUCUGACCUGCCUAAAUUGUGGGAUGACUGGAUGAGCAGGUUCUGUGUGCUGAGCUCUGCAGCCAAUAAUGUCCUUCCUCCUUCUUUAUAACCACCUCCCUCCUCAUCCCAGGUCAGAAGAAACAAUCAUGGAAAGACAUGUAUGAGCGCUUAAUCUGUCUUUAUUUUUCUUUUUUCCAUUCUGUUGUUUCUCAAUGUGAUGUGGUUGUUUUAAAGUGAGCAACUGUAUGAUAUCGAAAUAAACAAUUUUUCCUUUCUCUUUUAACCCAACCUAAAUCUUACUUAAAUCUUACUUCUGACAUUUUUGCUUGGGAAUUCUUUUAGAUCUUUUUAAUUGCAUGUUUUUUAAACCCCUCCUACAUUCACUGCUCUCUACAGAAUUUAUCCUUGAAUCAGCUAUGGACUGUAAGGGACUGCAGGUAGAGGAUCCAAGUGCAGACACAAGAAGAGGUUAAAUCGAAAACACACCGUUAAUUAAGACCUUUGGUAAAGACCAAAUCUAAAGUAGUGAUUCAACUGAUUCUUAAAAUAGGCAGGGGAAUAAACAGACACUAUGACAAAGACUAAGGAGCAGGGCAAGGCUAUUUAUACACAUGGGGUUAAUCAACGACAGUGAAAGCAGAAAGGCAAGGAGACAUAGCUGAAUUCAACUGAGAAAAUCAGACAACAAGAGAGACAUAAAGACAGUCACAAGACACAUAUACACACAGUUUAGGAGUAAGAUUUUUCCCUGGUUCCCAGAGAAGACUGAUUCAUAAAAUAAUUAAUUUUUUAAGCUUUAUUUUAACUUCACUUUCAUGUAAAAUUGGGAAGCUAACAGGCUUAAUAGUAUUUUUUAAAAUUAUUUUACAAUUUACAGAGUGGGUAAAUUCCAUUCAAAUUAUUUUUUUUGACAAAUGUUGUCACAGUUUAUUUCAUCAAAACAUUUUCCUUUUAUCUUUAACAAUGUCCACAUUAUUAUUACAUUACACCAGGGAUGUCAAAUUCACUUUACAUUGUGGGCCAGAUAGAGCCAUCUGAACUGGGCCAGGGGUGGCAUUCUCAUAAGAAACAAAUUAACAACUUCCACAGAACAUCUCUAUCUAUGUGAUAAAGACAUGGUGUUGUAGUAAAUAAAAGAAAUCUCAGUACAACUCUUGGGACUCGAAUAGUAAUAAAGAAAUGUGUUACAUUAAGGAAAAUCUUCAGGCAGCUGACUCAUAAUCCUGUAAUUAUAAAACAUAAAGCUUUUGUUAAUUUUCAUGUCCUUUUAUUUGUUAUUGUUUAUCCCCCAAAUGUCUACAGUAGAGUGUGAAAAAACAGGAACUUUUCUGUCAUUUAAUUUUUUGUAGCAUGAAUGGCCCAUGGGAGAGGUCUUUAUUAGUAAAGAUGAAGCUGUAAAACCUGUGAAAAUACAGUUAAAAGUGCAAAAUUAUAGCCUUCAUGUUUUCCAAAGCUGUCUAAUAGGGGUGUAUUAAAGUCAUUGCCAGGCUGA